GUCCGGCCCCCAAUUCAGUCCGGGCGUCGAGACAGUGAGGAGUCUCCGCGGCAGAGUGGCUCCAGUAGCACAACUCAGGUGGUGGUUGAUCUCUGAGUCGAUGUCUGCCUUUGAGGAGAGAAUGCUGACAAGCCUGCUGCAGCCACCAGAUGAGAUGGAGAUGCCGGUUGCUGCCAGACUGAACUCCAGAAAGAGGAGGCAGGACGGAUCAGGUCCCAAUGGCACCACCAACGAUGACCCCAUCCCAAUGAAAAUCCCGCGACCGGCCCUUUCGAUGCCAGCUCCUUUUGCAAAUGAGAAUGGAGUGAGAACUGAGAAGCCAUAUCAGCGUGUGACGUUUGAAGAGGCGAAAGCUGGGACCUCCUGGGAUCGCCCAGUACGAGUUUAUGCUGACGGUAUCUUCGAUCUCUUUCACUCUGGCCACGCACGGGCACUAAUGCAGGCAAAGAGCCUUUUUCCAAACACAUUUCUAAUUGUAGGAGUGUGCAACGAUGACCUGACCCACCAGUUCAAAGGGUUCACUGUGAUGAAUGAGGCAGAGAGGUACGAUGCAGUCAGGCAUUGUCGCUAUGUGGAUGAGGUGGUCCGGAAUGCACCCUGGUCACUGUCUCCCGAGUUCCUAGAAAUGCACAGGAUUGACUUUGUAGCUCAUGAUGAUAUCCCAUAUUCCUCUGCAGGAAGUGAUGAUGUUUACAAACACAUUAAAGAAGCAGGGAUGUUUGCCCCGACACAGAGAACAGAAGGGAUCUCCACGUCGGACAUCAUUACCAGAAUAGUGCGGGAUUAUGAUGUGUAUGUACGACGGAACCUGCAACGUGGUUAUACUGCCAAAGAACUGAAUGUCAGCUUUAUAAAUGAGAAGAAAUACAACCUACAGGAGCGGGUCGACAAAGUCAAACAGAAGGUUAAGGACGUGGAAGAAAAGUCGAAGGAGUUUGUGCAGAAAGUUGAGGAGAAGAGCAUUGACCUGAUUCAAAAGUGGGAGGAAAAGUCGAGGGAGUUCAUUGGAAACUUCUUGGAGAUGUUUGGCCCUGAAGGAGCCUUGAAACACAUGCUGAAGGAGGGCAAAGGCCGAAUGCUACAGGUCAUCACGCCGAAACAGAGCCCAAGCAGCAGUCCAACCCGGGAGCGGUCCCCCUCGCCCUCCUUCCGGUGGCCUUUCUCCAAGACCUCCCCGCCCUGCUCGCCGAAGUCAGACUUGGAUGCAACCGGCUACAAUACCAGUGAUGAUGAAACCGAGUAACGGUGCGAUACCCUCUCCCUCUUUCUCUUUCUCCUUCCCAAAGUCUUCACUCCUCCACCACUCCCUCUCCUCCUUCCCUCAAUUCCCUCUGGUUGUCCAAGAGGCUGCAGUAGUGGGACAAGUAUUCCUUCACAGAUCUGAACAAGCAGGGUUAAGUCGGACUUGGGAUCUAAAACAACCAUUUUUCCACAGAGAAACAGCUCAAAAACUAUGCAAACUGCUUUUUUUUUCUUUUUAAGCAUAUUAAACUAAUUAAAAAGAAAAUUCCUUGAAAACAUCACAAGGAAAAAUAGCUUUUCUUUGAUAUUUUAGCCUUGCGCCACAGCAUCUCUCAAGAGUUGGGGUUGGAGAUCGGAACUUCUGCGUAUCUUUGGGGGGGGUGGGUGUGGCCGGAAAUGUACCUAUCUUUCCAACCCAGUGUGGGGAGGUUUCAAACACUCCCCACUGCUGCAAUCGACCCUACAGGACCACGUACCAUGUCAUGGAGGGAUUAAUCCAUUCCAAUCCCAGAUCAGCUGAAUUGCUUCAAAAUUCAGAGUAAAUUUAUUAUCGAGGUACGGCCGUCACACCUACUGGGACAUAGAAGUUGACAGCAGCUCGCCAGAGUUUUCUGUCCUGGGCCAGUCUUUCACGUAGCCCAUUUUCUUUGUGUCUAAGAUCUUCUGCUCCCAGGAAUGAGGUCUUCGGAGCUUCUGUUGCCAUUCCUGUAGCCCUGGGUUUUUAUGCGAUGGGGCUGCUAGGCCAUCCCUCCUGGUUUUGCAACCGGGCUUGGAACCACCUGUCACGGAGUUAAAGCACGUGUAUGUCCCCAUAUACCAGCCUGAUCCAUUUUCUUGUGGGCAGUCACAGUAAAUACAAAGAAACACAGUAGAGUCAGUGAAAGAUCACACACAAAGACCGACAAACAGCCAAUGUGCAAGACAACGAGUGGUGCAAAUACAAAUAGAAAAACAAAAUCAGGGGUAAAUAUGUAAAUAAAUAAUAUUGGGAACAUGAGAUGUAGAGUCCUUAAAGUGAGUCAAAAGGUUAUGGAAUCAGUUCAUUGUUGUGGUGAGUGAAGUUAUUCACACCGGUUCAGGAGCCUGAUGGUUGAGGGGUAAUAACUGUUCCUCAACCUGCUGGUGUGGGACCUAAGGCUCCUGUACCUCCGUUCUGUAGUCAGCAGCGAGAGGAGAGCAUGGCCUGGAUGGGGGGGGGGGGGGAAUCGUUGGUGGUGGGUGAUGUUUUCUCUGUAGAUGUGCCCGUUGUGGGGAGGUAUCGCACAUAUCAACAGCUGCUUUAGAUGAGGGUAUGCUGCCACUAACUGCAGGGUCCUGGAGUGACAAGUUUAUGGGAAAGUGUGGAAGGGGAUUCCGAAACUGGAGCACGUGGUACCAAUGCUUCUUAAAGACCACAAACAGGGGGGCAGGAGCAGUGCUAUUGAUACUCUAGGGAGCGCAGAACCUCAGCCGCGUGUGACGUGAGAGGAGAGGGAGCCAGAGAUGUAGGGAGAGAUUCUUAGAGCAUAGAUCAGUACAGCACAGGAACAGGCCCUUCGGCCCACAAUGCUGUGCUGAAUCGAUUAAAUUAGUAAUCAAAUGGCCAGCUAAACCUAUCUCUUCUGCCUGCACGAAGUCCAUAUCCUUCCAUAUUUUUCACAUUCAUGUGUCUAUCUUAAUGUCUCUUAAAAGUCUCUAAUGUAUCUGCCUUUACCACCACCCCAGGCAGUGCAUUCCAGGCUCCCACCACUCUCUGUGUAGUUUAAAAAAAAAUUCCCCUCACAUCUCCUUUAAAAUUACCCCCUCUCACCUUAAGUACAUGCCCUCUAGUAUCAGACAUUUCAACCCUGUGGAAAAGAUACUGCCUACUCUAUCUAUGGCUCUCGUAAGCACCUAUCAGAUCUCCCUUCAGCCUCUGCCAGUCCAGAAAAACAAUGCAAGUUUGCCAAACCUCUCUUUAUAGCACAUUCUCUCCUCUCCAGGCAGCAUCCUGGUAAACCUCUUGUGCACCCUCUACAAAGCCUGGACAUCCUUCCUAUAAUGGGACGACCAGAACUCUGUGUUAUGCUCCAGAUGCAGCCUAACUACAGUUUUAUAACAUUACAACAUAGCUUACUGACUUUUGACCUCAACGAACUUAAUUCUAAUUUGCACAAUCUAGUUGACUGGUUUGGCAUUUGCUCCAAUGCCCUCUGUGAAAAUGCAUGCCCUCUGGUAUUAGACAUUUCAACUGUGGGGAAAAUAGAUAUUGCCUCUUUUUAUGCCUCUCAUAACCUUAUAAACCUCCGACAGAUCUCCCCUCGGCUUCUGCUUCUUCCGAGGAAAAGAUAACUGUCUAAUCUGUCCAAACACGCUGGAGAUGAAGGGGGCAGAAGCCAGAGUGGAAGGGGUACAGGCUGGCUUCUGCUGCCUUCCUUCACAGUUCUGAUGAAGAGUCUCAGCCCGAACCAUUAGCUGUUUAUUCAUCUGCAUAGCUGCUACGUAACCUGCUGGGUUCCUCCAACAUUUUGUGUGGGUUGCUCUGGAUUUCCAGCAUCUGUGCAAUCUCUUGUGCUUAUUGUUAGGAAUCUGUGUUUUAAAAAAAAACAUGCCCUGCACUUCUUUGAAAUUAAAAACUCUCAUUGUAAAAGCAUGCCCUCAGCCCUUCCUGUGUGCGUUCACACCGAUUCCCCUUACUGAACAAUACUUGGCUGUCGUCCUGCAGGCGGUGUGCUGCCAGAGGUAGGCGGGGGUAGGGGGACAGGGCAAUGAGUGGGUGCAGUUUGCCCAGGCAGGCUGCUCAGUGCAGUGACAGGCCUGUUGGCAGGUCCCCACCCAGCUAACACCUGCCACGUGUUUCCAGCUCAUCACCUGCAACUUAUGUAAACCCAGCCCUCAGCUUCAAUCUUUGUUCACUCAUCUGGUCAGGAAAUGUUGAGGAGGCAUGACCCAAAAUCAAAGUAGUGGAGCUGACUUAGUGGUGAGCAAUAACUUUAGUAACCAACUGCAAAAUAACAAGCCACAAAAGAGGCACUAGAUGUAUUUAUUUAUUUAUCUAUUUAUUUAUUUAGAGAUACAGCGUGGAAUGGGUGCUUCCAGCCCUUCAAGCCGCCCUGCCCAGCAACCCCUGAUGUAACCUGAACAUCAUCAUGGGACAAUUUACAAUGACUAAUGAACCUACUAACCGGUACGUCUUCAGACUGUGCAAGGAAAGUGGAGCGCCAGGAGAAAUACCAUGUGGUUCACAGGGAGGGCAUACAAGCUCCUUACAGUGGAUACCCGGAUUGAUCUUUGAUGCCUCGAGCUGUAAUUGUAUUGUGCUAACCAUUACACCACUGUGAUGCCUUCGUUGGCAACAAAGCAACUGAAGGCUCUGAGCAAACGGUUGAUGCUGGCUGCUUUGAACAGGGAUUGUGGAUGUGGGUGAGAUCCGGGUUUAGGGUGCAGGCGAUGAGUUGGAAAUGAGUGGCAGGUGACUCCUGUUAGCUUGAUCUUGGCCCAAAACAUCAACUGUUUAUUUCUCUCCAUAGGUGCCUCCUGACCUGCUGUGUUCCUCCAGUAUUUUGUGUGUGUUACCAGCAUCUGCAGAAUCUUUUGUGUAUGCAAGGCACCUACAAAUCCUUUAAUAUACAUUGAAUACAUCUUUAAAUCUGAAUCUCCAGGGUCUUUGGAGACCAUUAAUUUAACUCACUGCACGUUGUGUAGGUGUUGCUGGUUGGCGCAGUGUAUAUUUAAGGUGGUUUAUCAAAGCAAGUUGCACAUUAUAGUUGUAGAGCGAUCAUUCGAGUUGAGUGCGGUGUUCUCCUGUUGAUGGGUCCUCAGGUGGCUGUAGAGGCCGAUCUGGGAUCCACAUAUUCUGGUGCCAUGGGGGCACGAGUAAGUGGUGGCUGUGGUUAGUGGAUGGGUCUUUGGUUCAGUGUCACCUUUCACAGCUGCCUCAUUCUCUGUGGCACAGCGGAGGUCGCUCCCAUGUAGUGCAGCUCCCUCUUGAGCAGAGUUCCUGCAGGGGUAUCUAUUGAGUGCAAUGCCUCCCCAGUUUUUAAAUGUUGUGCGGAAUUUCUUCAGGCCGAUUUUGAUGUUAUCUUGAAAACGUUUCCUUCACUCACCAGGGGCUCGCUGACUUUCCUGCAACUGUGGGUAAAGGAUCUGUCUGGGGAGACGUGAGUUAGGCAUCCGGACGGCGAGAUCUGCCCAUUGAAGUAGGCACUUGUUACCGGUGUUAUUGAAGGAUGUUUGCAGGCAAGAGGAGUGCAUGCACUCUGGUAGGUGUUGGAUUCAGAUGUUUCCUUCGGUAGUCAGGAAAGAGGCACAAAACCUGUUGCUUCAUGAUUGUCUUAGUAGGCUUAGAUAGAAGAAAGGAAAAUUGAAACACAGAGUAACAGGACCAGAGGCUCUGCAGAUGUUAGAAAUCCCAACAACAGACACAAGAUGCAGCACAUUUGGAAAGGAGUAAACAGUCAAUGUUUUGGGCUGAGACCCUUCAUCAGGACUGGAGAAGAAGCUAGCGGCAGAGGGCAAAGCCAAGACUUAAAGAUGACACCCGGCAUGCUCACCUCUAUUUAUACUACAUACAUUCCUGUGCCAACAACUUAGGCACAUAUAAUUAUAGCUAGGGUGUCUAAGACUUUUGCACAGUACUGUAUUUAUCAAUUGGAGUGGAGAGUGGGUUUUUUAAUCUGGCGGGAGCAACGGAUGUUGGGAAUGGUGAGGGUGGAGCGCUGUGGGAGGAGUGUGGGACAGGUGACAGAGGAGGAGUGCCAGAGGGGGGGGUGGUGUGGCUGCAGAAACACCCAGCCCUGAGACACCAGGCAGGUGAUUUGAUUCCAAACAGCUGGCUUUUUGAUCAUUACAGAAUGUCUCUCUGGUGCUUCCCACUCCCUCGCCUCUCCCUUCCCUUUAUCCCAACCAUGAUUCCCCUCUCCCUUUCCCCAUCCCACUCUCUGUCCACAAUGUAGACCCACAUCAGAAUCAGGUUUAUCAUCACUCACAAAGGUUGUGAAGUACUUUUUUUGUGCCAGCAGUACAGUGCAAUGCAUAAAAUCAUCACAGUAUUGUGUAAAAGGCUUAGGCAUCCUAGAUAUAUAAAUAUAUGGUUAAGACUUUUGCACAGAACUGUAGAUAAGAAAACUUCCAUUCAAAUUUGCAGAUAGGAGUCAGUUCCUAUUCAAAUAAUGCAAUAUCAAGAGAAGCUUCCAGAGUCAUACAACUGUAAGCACUAGGGGACACACUAAACAACUACAUAUACAUUCUGUAACCACUAGGAAGCAUACUAAGCAGUUAGUGUAUAUAAAAACUACGUAUAUACAAGUGGACAGUUAAUUAACUGCAAAGAAACUAAGAAUUAAACAGUUGGAUCCAACAUAGCUGAUGGAAUUCAUUUUGUAUCUACCUCGACCCUCUGCACAAAUUUACAUAAAUGAAAAGGAAACUGUUGGAUAUACAAUUGCACCUUGUAUAUGUACAGCUGGUUCAUACCUGAACAUCAGGACGUGGUGAUCUUGAUUCUGACCCCUUAUCGGAACUGACAACUGUAACUUCCCUGGAUGUGAAUGAACUUUUUAUUCACCACCUGGAAUCCCUUUGCUACGUAAAUGUGUGAUGGCGUUAAAUGUCUGGAGAAAUCACCAGCCCCUUAUAAGGUGCCAUGGUAGCGAAGUGGCUAGUCUGUUCCAGCUCGGGGCAUUCUGCAUUUCAAUACUGUUGUCGUUCUGAAAAGGGUCUCUCUGUCUAGGUCCUUCUGUUUCCUCUCACAAUCCAAAGACGUACUGGGUAGGUUAAUUUGUCAUUGUAAAUUGUCCUGUUAUUAGGUAAUGGUUAAUCAGGUUUGUUGGGGAUUGCUGGGAUGGUGUGGCUCGAAGGGAUGGAAUGGCCUACUCUGCGUUGUAUCACUAAACUAAAUAAAAUAACAACAUUACGAAUAUCGCAGGGGAGGUUUCCCUGUCACGAGUUUUUGGAACAUAAACACACGAGGAUGCUGUGGUAGUGUAGUGGUCAGCGUGACCAUGUUACAGCCCAGGGUUUUCUGUGUUCCGAGCUCAAUUCCGGUGCCGUCUGUAAGGAAUUUGUUAGUUCUCCCCAUGAACCACGUGGGUCUCUUCCCACUGUCCACGUGGCGUGCUGGUUUGUAGGUUAAUUGGUCAUUGUAAUUUGUCCUCUCAUUGGGCUAUAGGCGGAUUGCUGGGCUGGAAGAAUUUGUUCCGCACUGUAUCUCAAUAAAUAAAAAGAUUUAUGCGGGAGGAACUCAGCAGGUCAGACAGCAUUUACGGAAAGGAAUAAAGAGUCGAUGUUUCAGGCCUAGACCUUUCAGCAAGACUCAACCGGAAACACCGACUCUUUAUUCCUUACCAUAGAUGCUGUCUGACCUGCUGAGUUCCUCCAGUGUUCUGUGAGUGAUACUCUGGAUUUCUAGCAUCUGUAGAAUCCCUUGUGUUAAAGAUUCUGCAGACAGUGGAACGCCAGAGUAACACACUCAAAAUGCUGGAGCAACUCAUCACGCCUGGCACAAGUUGUCAGAUUCUGAAACUAUGGUCCUGUUUAAUUUCUGACUUCUUGAGAUUCUGUCAAAGUUUUACUCUAUAUUUUUUUAACUAAAGCAGGUUUUUUAACCCCCCUGCACUGUGUAUGGCUGAAGGAGAGUAGUAUUAUCAUUGUGUUCUCGUAGCAUGGGUGCAUAGCACUGCCCAGCCUUCUGCUCUGAGCUGGGCUUUCUAAAGGUGCUUAAAAUGCAGUGUAGUGCCUCUCCCAAGGAACUGGAGGGUGUACUUUGCAGCCAGUACAGUAUUGUCACUGUGGUAAUGUUGCAGAAGAGAGAACACUGUGAAUGCUGAGCGGGGACAGUAGUCUCUGUGUGUCCAAUCCUGCAACUCCAUCCCUCUGUUCCCCCCCCCCCCCACCUCACACAUUCCCCUGUGUUUGUCCCCUGCAGCCCCUCCCCCUCCCCCUUUCUACCACGGUUAGCACAACUCUAUUAUAGCUCAGGGUGUCGGAGUUCAGAGUUCAACUCCGAUGUCAUCUGUAAAGUGUCUCUAUGUCCUCGCUGUGAACAUGUGGAUUUCCUCCGGGUGGUUCACUUUCCUCCCACAAUCCAAUGAAGUAUCAGUUAGCAGGUUAAUUGGUCACUGUAAAUUGUCCCGUGGUUAGGCCGCGGCUAAAUAGGUAGGUCGCUGGCAGCGCGGCCUAUUCCGCACUCUUAUCUCUGAAUGAAGCAAAAUAUAUUUCUGUCAUCGUGCCCUGCCGCCCAGGUUCAGCAACAGCCUGGAGCCAAGUGACCAACUGGCCAGCAUCCCCAGCCUCUCGGGGAUUAAGUUGGUGCCUCGCGGAAGUUACUUGGUGACCGCGCCAGUCGCCUCGUGGCGGUGAGCUUGAGGGGGGGUGACAGGUGGAUAGACUCGUUACCCUGAACUUGGCCAGGACUUGGCAAGGCAGCAAUCUGUCGAAUCGUAGCCAGCCUGUAUCCAGUGGAGAGGCCCAGGGCUUGCUGUCCCACCAUUAUUCCAUUCUGGAAGCACCCACCAUUUGGGUAUUGUGGAUGGGGUUGGUGGUCUUCGGUUGACAGUGAAGAUAAAAGUUUGGGACAAUGGUUCAGUCCACUCAAUGGAGGGGGGGGAGGAGGAAGAGUUGGUGUGGCAGUGCGAACUUGUCUUAUUUUUAAUUUAUGCAACAGCCAAACCCUGUUUCUUGUGGAUUGUUUUAACAUGAACCUUGUUUAAAAAAAAAAGUCCAUCUUUUUACAAUCAUUAAGACUUCUGGUUCCACUUCAGAGGGGAAGGGUUUAAUUUUCCAAAAUUGAAACACGAUGGUUUAUGGGUUUGGCUCUGAACUGAGAUAUUUGUUACAUGUUGUAAGUAAGUGGAUUCAGUGCUGAUCUUUUAAUCAACUUGCAGCUGUUAAACGGUGUCAGAUUAAAUUGCAGUGUUAUUAUAUUCUGCCUCUCGUCUGCUUUCUCUUACAGUGAGCUAAUGUGUUCAUUGUCACAGUGAGGGCAAAACCAAAAUCAGGUUUAUUAUCACUGAUGUACAGUGCUGUGCAAAAGUCUUAAAUGUAUGUUACAAAAUUCUGUAAAGUGAAGAUGCUUUCAAAAAUAAUUAAAUGAAAAGUUUCUAAAUAUCAAAAAAAUUGCUG